ACCGUGACCGCGCAGGCGGCAGCCGACCCCGCCUCCUCGGCGGCAGUGAUGCCCAGCUGGCUGCUGCAGCGUCACCGCCGAGCGCUGGCCGGGCCGCGGACCGACCGGCAGAGGAACCGAUCGGCCGACUGCCCACCGUGUGGGAGCAGCAGCUGCCCCGCGCCCCACCGCCCCGCGCCGAGGCCGAGUCCGCAGGGCCGCGGGGGAGCCGAAGGCUGCGCCGGGAACCGUGCAGGUGUCACUCGGGACGCGGAAGUGUGCUUGUCGUGGUCUGCUUUAAAAUACGCCUGAGACUCCCGGACAAGCGUAAUUUGGUCGAAUUCGACGGGAAAGUCCCCUCCCCACCCCAGCGCCGGCCGCGUAGCCCGGGCUCCCCGCCCCCGCCGAGGUACUGUCCCCGGCGCGUCCUCUGCUGCCCCAGCGCAGAGGCUGCUCUUUAACCCGGGCGCGCGCGAGUGCAGGGCAUCCGAGGCGACGGCCCCGGGCACGGCCCGACCUGCGCCCAGCCUGGCAGGAAGACUGUAAUCGUGGGAAUACAGCUACCUCCGCAGGCAAUAUGAAGAUUUUAUUUGUAGAACCUGCCAUUUUACUUAGUGCAUUUGCUAUGACUUUGACCAGUCCACUGACAACGCAAUAUGUUUAUCGGAGAAUAUGGGAAGAAACUGGCAACUACACUUUUUCAUCUGAUAGCAAUAUUUCUGAGUGUGAAAAAAACAAAAGCAGUCCAAUUUUUGUAUUCCAAGAGGAAGUUCAGAAAAAAGUGUCACGUUUUAAUCUGCAGAUGGACAUAAGUGGAUUAAUUCCUGGUCUAGUGUCUACAUUCAUACUUUUGUCUAUUAGUGAUCACCAUGGACGAAAAUUCCCUAUGAUUUUGUCUUCCAUUGGUGCUCUUGCAACCAGCGUUUGGCUCUGUUUGCUUUGCUAUUUUGCCCUCCCAUUCCAGCUUUUGAUUGCAUCUACCUUCAUUGGUGCAUUUUGUGGCAAUUAUACCACAUUUUGGGGAGCUUGCUUUGCCUAUAUAGUUGAUCAGUGUAAAGAACACAAACAGAAAACAAUUCGAAUAGCUAUCGUUGACUUUCUGCUUGGAAUUGUUACUGGUCUAACAGGACUGUCAUCUGGCUAUUUUAUUAGAGAACUAGGUUUUUUGUGGUCCUUUCUAAUUAUUGCGGUGUCUCUUGCUGUUAAUUUGGCCUAUAUUUUAUUUUUUCUCGGUGAUCCCGCUGAAGAGUCUUCAUCUCAGAAUGUUACUAUGUCAUGUAGUGAAGGCUUCAAAGACCUAUUUUACCGAACUUACAUGCUUUUUAAAAAUCCUUCUGGUAAGAGACGAGUUUUGCUCUGUUUGUUACUUUUUACAAUAAUCACUUAUUAUUUUGUGGUAAUUGGCAUUGCCCCAAUUUUUAUCCUUUAUGAAUUGGAUUCACCACUCUGCUGGAAUGAAGUUUUUAUAGGCUAUGGAUCAGCUUUGGGUAGUGCCUCUUUUUUCACUAGUUUCCUAGGAAUAUGGCUUUUUUCUUAUUGUGUGGAGGAUAUUCAUAUGGCCUUCAUUGGGAUUCUUACCACUAUGACAGGAAUGGCUAUGACUGCGUUUGCCAGGACAACACUGAUGAUGUUUUUAGCCAGGGUGCCGUUCCUAUUCAUUAUCGUGCCGUUCUCUGUUCUGCGGUCCAUGUUGUCAAAAGUGGUUCAUUCUUCUGAACAAGGUACCCUGUUUGCUUGUAUUGCUUUCUUAGAAACACUUGGAGGAGUCACUGCGGUUUCUACUUUCAAUGGAAUUUACUCAGCCACUGUUGCUUGGUACCCUGGCUUCCCUUUCCUGCUGUCUGCUGGUCUGUUACUACUUCCAGCAAUCAGUCUAUGUGUUGUCAAGUGUACCAGCUGGAAUGAGGGAAGCUAUGAACUUCUUAUACAAGAAGAAUCCAGUGAAGAUGCUUCAGACAGAUGACUGUGAUUUAAACAAACAAAAAAAAUCUAUUAAUGCACAUAUUAUAUACUAUGAUUUCUGAAGACUGUAAAUGAAUUCCACAAUCAAUGCUUCAUUGAUAACCAAUUUUACAUAUCUUUUCUUCCAAACUGAACAGUCAGAGAGACAGCUCCUGGCUUUAGCUUCUUAUGGUACCAUGCACUUUGAACACUUUGUACAUAUUAUGCAAUAUACUUGCAAUACACAAAACAAAUCUCAAGUAUUCCUCACUUUUGAACUUAGAAGAGGAACAUUAAAACUUAAGGGUGUAAGGAGGGAUCAAGAAACUUGAUAAGUCAAAAGCAAUAAUCUCUCUGACAUAUUCCAGGCUCUCACACUGAGGCCAAAGAGAAAACUCUUUACCUCAGUUUCUUUAUCAGCAGAAUGGGUUUCUGGCCUCUCUCAGGGAUUUUGAAGGCAUAAUGAAAAUUAUGAUGAAUCACUCAUUGGUAGGAAACUAAUGAUGUAAGUUUCAAAUAUGUAUAAUUUUACCUAUACUUGGUAAUGCUUUGUUUUCUAGAGCCUAUUAAGCUGCUAUUGAUAGUCAGAGCUUAUAUAAUGUGACUUCUGAAGACUAUACAUGAAAUCCACAAUCAGUGUUUCAUUGAUACAAAAUCCUUAAAAGGGAGGCACUUUAAAGAAUAUGUAUUUUUUACUUUUCUUAAUAUGUUUCAUCAGUGACAGCAGCGAUAAUAUUUCUGUAUGUAAUGGGUAAUUGGGAAAAAAUAGAUUAUAAAUAAAAUUGCUCUAACGAAGUUAAAAAACUGAAUGAACAGCUAAUAGUGGUAUAAAGUAAUUAAUGUUUGGGGCCAACACUUGUCCCUUGUGUCAGUAAAGGGAUAUUUGCAUUCCAUGAUCCCCGGCUGAGAAUUCUACCUCUAGUCUUUCUUAUGCAGCUGUUGUCCAUCCUUGUUCAAUUAGAAAUACUGAUGAGGGCAUUUUAAAAACACCGAUCUUGUACUCUUUAAAUGUGAAUCCUUCAGUGGCUGUCACUGCUAGGAAAAGGAUCAAACAAGCAAGCCACCCAUGAUUUGACCCCUUCCCAUCUCAUUUCUUACUGCCAUACACUCAUCCUGAGGUCCACCUUGGUCUCUAAAAACACCAUGUGGUCUCAUGCCUCCGUGUCUUUUCACACGCUGUUCCAUUUGCUCUUCCUCCCACAUUACAUUGAAACUUUCAGGUCUCAGCCAGAACAUUGCUUCUUCCGCGUAGCAGCCUUCUUGGCAUCCCUCCUUAUCCCCCAGUCCCUGCAGGGCUUCUGUGGCUCUCUGUGUGUAUUUCAGUCCCAGCAUUUCCCAUCCACUUGCAAUUGUUUGUUUCUGCUACCUGGCAAGCUUUGAUUACUCAUUAUAUCCUCAAUAAAUGUUCGUUGAGCUAAA